AUGCCCUGUAAAGGUGAAGAACUCUGCGAUGAAGUAACUACAGAGCAGGGUCAUCACGAGGAGGUCAGUGUGGCAUCAAGACCGGAGCAUCCUUCGUCUCCGAUUGCAUUGAAACCCACGCAACCAAUUACAAUUCCAGGAUCAGAGUUGUCUCCUUCUUUGGAUGAUACCUUGAACAGUUUUGUUGAUAUGAGUUUACGGAAUAUGAAUCCCAGUGAGAAUGGAGGCAGUGUCAGAAGUAAUGAUCUUGAGAAAAGGCCAAAAGAAAAUGGAUCUUCAAUUUCGGAUAUGGUAAGUUUUCUUUUUAUUCGAUUAUUGUUUGUUUAAACUUCCUAUUUGUUUUGUUUACAGAAUAGAACUACUUUAACCUGGGAGUCGGUUAAUUCACUGCCUGGCGAAGAACUCAGGCCCGAACAUGUCUGGGAUAUGGCUCAUGUCCGAGUUUUCAUGUCCAAUUAUCGAUUGGUGAUCAUUACUUAUAAUAAGCAAGGUGUUACAUCCAUUCCCAACAAUUGUAUCGACUUGAUUGAGAUUUCUAAUGAUGAUGUGUUGAAGCUUUUGACGAGGGAUGGAAGAAUAUUUACGUAAGUUUUAGGUCGUUUAUAAUGUUUUUGUUCAGUUUUAAAGCUGCAGCAUCUGAUGUCGCUCUACAUUUCUACAAGACUAUUCUUCCCUUGACAUGUGGUGGUCAGAGAAUUGAGGAUUCAUUUGCUUAUCGAUUCGCAGUCGCUUGCCAAUCUAAGAAGCCAACUUUCCUGAGGAGAACCCUUUGUAACCACGAAAUGUCGUAUACGAAUGUCUUAAAAGAAUAUAAUAAUUGUGGUUUCAAACCGGAUGAUUGGAGGGUCACCCGGAUCAACGAGGACUUCAGGUAUGUGUAGCUUUUAACUAUAAAUUCGCGUAUGAUUUUAGUGUAUGCGCCUCAUAUCCACAGUUUCUGAUUGUUCCCAGCGAAACUUCUGAUCAAGAAUUCCGAGAUUUCAAGAGAGGCAGAUUCUUUGACAGAUUUCCUACGGCUGUUUGGAGGUCCAAGAAGACUGGGGCUGUGUUGAUGAGGAGUGCUCAGCCGGAAACGAGUUUCUUCGGAUCCCAGCCUGAAGGAGAUGCCAGGUUAUUCGAUGCUAUUAGGAAGAGCUGCAUAAGAGACCGCCCGGAGAAACAACGGAAGGUGUUGAUUGUUGAUGCUCGCUCAUACACUGCAGCAUGGGCUAAUCGAGCAAAAGGCGGAGGUUUUGAAAGUGGAGGUAUGUUUAUAUUAUGGUUUUAUAUUGUCUUUUAGAUGCUUAUGCAAUGACGGAGGUUUUAUUCAUGGGAUUACCAAACAUCCACGCCCUUCGGUAUAGUUUUCAUCAACUCCGACAACUACUCCACGGCCCGGAGAACUUGAAUUUCUUCCAAAAUCUUCAACAAACGAAUUGGUUCCAAUAUCUUUAUAGUCUGAUCUUGUCAGCUCAAAGAUGUGUCGAUGCUUUGUGUAUUGAAGGAAUUUCUGCAUUAGUACAUUGUUCAGAUGGAUGGGACCGAACCAGCCAGAUUGUUUCCCUGACCAAGUUAAUUGCUGAUCCUUUUUAUCGAACAUUCGAGGGCUUUGAGUAUUUGAUUAAUCGAGAGUGGGUCGAGUUUGGUCAUAAAUUCCACGACCGAAAUGGGCUGUGUCCCGAUACAAAUGAGAAGGCGCCCGUCUUUCUCCAAUUCCUCGACGCUGUCCAUCAAUUGUGGCUGAAGAAUCCCGACAGAUUCGAAUUCAAUCAGAGAUACCUCGUAAGUUCUUUUUCUCAUUAUUUGUUUGUUCAUUAUGAUGUGUCAACCAUUAUUUUAGAUGAAAAUAGCCCAACACCACCACUCAGCUCUCUUCGGAACGUUUAUUUUCAACAAUUUCCAAGAGUCGGUGAAUGGAUACAUCUGCAACGCCAACAACUCUUUCAUGACUCCAUUCCAAGUCGGAUCCCCCGAUGAUGAGAGUAUUGUGAAUCUCGGUCGAGUAUCCAUGUUAUCAGUGUUUGAUUACGUUGGAAAACAUAAUCCUUGUUUCAUCAAUCCUGUGUAUGUGAGCGGCAAACGGGGUCGACUGAUGUGUCCCAAAGGUAUGUGGGAAUUGAAUGUGUGGAGAGAAGUGUACUGUUGCACGGAUGUGGAAUCGGUUAUCAAUUGUCCCGAGAGAGCUACAGAGACGCCAAAUCAAGAAGAAAUCAAGGUGAACGGCAUGUCAAGAAGUCAAUCUGCAGCCAGUUUGAACUCCCUGGAACAGGCCAAUGGACAUCAUGUGUCCCAUGGGUCAGCGCAUAAUACAUCCACGGGUUCCCAGCCGGUCCCGUUGUCAUCCACCCCUGUCUCGAACACGUUUCUUCCCACUCUUCCUUCAUCCACAUUCUACAUGAGGAAAGAUCAUAUGAGCUGGAAACAUUACUUGGAUCAUGAUGGACUGUCUCGGGUCCCCAUUGAUUAUGAAGACCGAUUUAUCGAACUUCAUCGUCAUUAUCAAGUAAGUUGUGUUUCGUUUUAAACACUGUUUGUUUAGAAUACGGAUGCCGUUCGGGUCUCCGAGUCCAGUUCUUCAGGCCGUGAAAAUUAUCGGUCUGAGAGUUCAGUAAGUAUUUCAUAGUUGUUAAACAAAUAGAGUAGGCUUUAAGAUGUCGAGUAGAAAGCAGUGAUUCUACUAUCAGUUAUGACAUGUGUGAAGACGAUGUAUUGGCCAGAAAAAAGAGAGAUUCUGUUUCUUCAAAUCUUCUUUUUCCGGUUGAAAUGAACUCUGGCUCCUCUCACUUCGGAUCGUUGGAUGAAGAGAUUACUCGCAAAUGCCGCAUUUGGUAUGUGUUUUUUUGUUUUGUUUUUUUAAAUGCGUAUUUUGUUCCUAAAAUAGAACACUUUUAGCAACACCUCCGUCACCUUUGAAGGUUCCAAUUCUCCGAUGACCACUUCCAACACGACUCUUGUCAACGGUUCAUCUACGGCGUCUUCUCCAUCCAAAAUGAAGAACGGAACUUGUGCUCGAUGUGCCGCUAACCAGGUUCCAAUCCACACCCCCACUGGUAGCAAUAGACUAAUAAUGAGUUGA